GUGAGUCGUGCAGUGGUGGUGUUGGUUACAGUAUUACACAUAUCAAUCGAUAGUCAGGCUCGGCGCUGUCUGGCUCAGUCAGCAUAGAAUGGAUAUUCCUUCUGUGACAAGCCCAAUUUCACAGAUAGAGUGUGACCUGGGGACGUGGACUUUGUUAAACAGAUGUGUUUAAUGCAAAAUUCCUUCUAAAGACUUUAUUUGUCACAUUUGUAUGAGUGGAUCAUUAAUAUUAAUAAUAUCGAUGCGUAGUGGGACUUUGUGCAAGCUGGUGACAACAAGUUUCCCGGGUUAAACGCUGUAGUGGGAAGCGGUAAUAAAAAGCAGACAAUAAAAAAGAAACAGAAGUUAGCAGUGACAAAAAGCAGACGGCCAAAAAGGAACCAGGGGUAGCAGUAACAAAAAUCAGAGAAGCAAAAAGAAAUAGAAGGUAGUAGACAGAAAAUCAGACGACCAAAAGGAAACAAAGGUAGCAGACACAAAAAUCAGACGACCAAAAGGAAACAGAGGUAGCAGACACAAAAAUCAGACGAUCCCGCAGAGGGUGUCGGGAAGUUUACCGAAAAGCGACAGGUGUUUUUGGCUCGUGUCUGGGACAAUGAGUUGGCGACACAACAAUAUACCGAGUGCGCGCAGCGGUUCCGUCGGGCGGUGUGCAGUGGCGGAAAGCGAUUAUUCGGCAAACACACCGACACGGGACCCUUGUUCACUAAGUAGGAGAACCAGUGAAGCAGAAACGGAGAUAAGAGCAAAUGUUCCGCCGGAGUUUUAUACGUGGAGGCUGCGAUUGGUGGGCGACAAAAGGUUUUGUCAUGUGUCCAGGGGGCACACGGUCAGUGAAGCAAGUUCGGGGAGACGAGGCCAACAUACUUCAUUUGGUCGACAGCCGCCGUCGAGAUCACACGCAAUGACAGUGACGUCCACCAACGUAACCUGCAGUCACAGCCCUGAUCAAGUGGGAGUUCAUAAAAUAGGUCGUCAGGAAGAUAGCCCACACAAAAACCCGGUGAUCUUACGUACAGGCUACCACCGAUCCAGAGGUGUUCUUUCCGGGAGAUCGAAUACAGUGAACGAACAAUCUGGUGCCGUGUUAGGUUCAGCGGAGCUGUUUGACAGAUGUCGCAGUGAAACAUCGACCACGCCAGUGACAACGUCGAGUGUAUCGGCGACUAAACAAUGUAUGUAUCUGUCAAACGGCGACAGUCCAUCUGUGAUUGAUGAGCGCGGCAUGGUGACUCCCACUCACAUUCCCGGUCAGUCCCGUCAGUACUGGACUCACCUGGAGAAGUACGAUCUCGACCUACAGCGCCUGGCAGACGACACCACACACGAGACGCAACUGUCGCCGGUCACCAUCUCCAGUGGAUAUGAGAGCGACUACAUCCCGUCGCCGACUCUGCCCUCGGAGAUGAGUCCCGCCAUAACCAGAGAUCAUUAUUCAUCUCAGCUCAAAGCAGACGACAGCAAUACGGGACAUUAUUCUGUAUCAGACGCUUACCAGUGCUCAAAUACAUGGACGAAAUUCACAAACUACCCUCAGUCGGACACAGGAACAAAGUUUGCCAGUUACCCUCUCUCGGAUAGCUACCCGUCUUCAGGUACGAGCGCGAGACUGGCUAAUUACACCCUCUCGGAUACAUACCCCACCACCGACACUGGUGCUAAGUUCGCCAGUAAAAGGUUCUCUUCCUUGCGACGUCAUCCGGAGAAACGCCGCGUGUCAUCAAGUGACGUCACCAGUCGCAACAUCGACCCCCUCUUGCUGUUUUCUCUGCGGUACGAACUGGACACCCGGUCUGCCGCCAAGUCCCACAAACAGAACCACAAGCUGGCCAAAGUGGCGCGAUCCAUGUACGAGAUAAUCCACGACCUGCGCAAACAGGGAUGUUCGCUGAAAUCCAAGCGACAGACGGCGGACUCUAGCUCACAGUCACAGUGCGGGUGUCAGGCAACGGGGUUUCCGAGAUUUUCGCCAAUUUCCAUGAACAUGAACACCAGGAGUGACGUCAAUAUACACAACGACGGCGACGACGAUUCUGAAGGAUACCUCAAACCUCGUCCUGUAGCAGACGACAGUUGUAUACCAGUGGACAGUCGUGUACCAGUCGACCCGCCCGCGUGUGUACUUCGAGAUCGUGUGUCGGUCCACUCACCCGUGUGCUCAUCGCGUAAUAAAAUAUUUCCGCUCGGUAACAGUUACAGUCCAAUAACGAGAGUUCAACCUGUACAGAACGCAAGUGAAAAACUAGUACAGCCCACCCUGGUGGGACAGAACAAUAUUAGAAUGGAAGAAACUAGUGUUAAAUGUCCAAAUAGACCUGAUGUCAAAACGGUUCGAGCUGUUUUACAGGAAAAGAACUUCAACUCGCAGAAAGUUAAGCCAGUGGCGAAACUGCAGUGUGUUAAAGCCCGUGACCCACAGAGCGACUCUGAACACAUUUAUGAGACGAUACCCGGAGACGAGAACAUGGUUCACAUUGUUCCACAUCACGAGAACCCGAAACUCGCCAAGUGGUUAACAGUCCCCAACCUGACCGGCAGCACGGGAACCAACAUACCACCGGCGUUACCAGUGCGACGUUACAACAAGGGGUCUGCCACAGACAUCUCGGCGACGAAGUGUCCACAGACGUCGUCAUCAUCACUGUUAAGCAGCACCGCACAUCAACACCACGGCGGCGUCAAACCAGCAACAGCAGCAGCAAGUCUGUGUCUCUCAUCAGAUAUCUUGGAUAGUGAAUCGAACAGUGCGGUAUACGCCAAAGUGUGCAAGCUUUCCAAGACCUCUGAUGACGAGGACAUGUCGUGUCUGGGACUUCCUGUCCUUAUCACAGCGAAGAAACAUGACGACGACGUCGACGACGGCUUGUAUACAGAAGUGAUGCGCUUCGACCACAUGCGGACUGGGUUGUCGCAGAGCGAGCCGGCGUCACGGCGUCACGUGUAUUUGACGGACGUUUCGUCUGAGAACUACUGUCGUCUGGAGCCCAUCCAGACAGCAGACGACAUCAACGAGUGGUCGUCCGGCGACAUCCUCAACUACAUCGACGGCAUUCACGACAACAACUCGCCCAAGCGUAGAGAAAACAUCCUACAGUUGCUUGGCAACAGCAAGACGUGUGCCAAACUGUCUGAAUCUCUGGAGAUAGAGACGAGACUACUUCACAAAGGAUUGUUGCUGAGUGCUUGGGACGAUGAUGAUGAUGACGUAAUGGACAUGAUCCCGGCGUCAGACCCCCCUCUUGUGUUCGACGUGCGUCACCUGGAACCUACGUAUGUGUAAACGACCUUCGUUCUAAAACUAUCAUUUAAAAUGUCAGGGACGUGAUUCUGUCUUCAAAUGCUCUCAUUGUGUUUAUUUUUCACACAUUGGAACAUAACAUUAUUAUGUAAUAACCUGGAUUUUAAUAUUGCAAUUUAAAAUAUCAUAGACAUGGUGCUGACUGUGGCACCUCUAGUUAUGUUCAAUGUGUGUUAGUCCUAUUUGGAAUCAAAGUGUGUGUGUGUGUGUGUGUGUGUGUGUGUGUGUGUACGAACCUCAGUUUUAAAUGGGCUAUUUCAAAAUUAUCUAAGUUAAAGAGAUUGUCCUAAGUUUUCUGCUUUUGUAAUAUGUUCUCGACUAGUAGAGUUUUUAUCGACUACUUUUACAUAUGAAAUGUAUAAUUUUGUUUUAGAAUAUCAGUGUAUUUCUGGUCGUUCUAAUGUUUGUAGUAAUGAUAAUUUUCACUCCCAGUAAUUUCGUGUGUACGAAAUAUAUAAUUAUUUAUACAUAAUUUUAUUUCCCAAUAUAUAUAUAUAUAUAUAUAUAUAUAUAUAUAUAUAUAUAUAUAUAUAUAUAUAUAUAUAUAUAUAUAUUUAAGGUACUACAAACAGGAUGAUGAAAAACACACUGAAUAUCGUGACGUUGAUGUUCUUUCUAAAGAAGUGAAUAUAUUUAAAGUGUAACUUUCGUUUUUUUAAAAAGCCUUAUUAGUCGGCAACAUCUUACAAUGGCUGCAAACUCGGGACAGUCUCUUUAAUAGUGUUUAAAAUGUCAUCAGGGCGUUCGGUAGUUGAUUUUUUAUAUACCCUGCAAGGAAGACACAGUAAUUAACACCAUCAUAUGCCAUGAGAACGUUACAUUUUGGAUGUUGUUACCGACUGUAAAAUACUAGUAGCCCCGUUUGUUAAGGCAGAGAUACGAAAUGAUGCCGGAUGCACAUGUCUGGUCGGAAAGCCACAUUGCGUGUAUGAAUACCUCGAACAACAUUCGUGCUUAGUCCCGUCUGGGUACAGAUUAACUGUGUUAUUGAUGUGUUGUGUCAAGACUGAAACCCAAACACUGUGAUAUUGUGAGACUAGGAUCGUGAGAUUGUCUUUCACUCGUGGUACUGACAAGACUCUUUAUCAGGGAUUACAUUGUUGGACACGUAGACCUCAAAAGUGCGAAGAUUUGUUUGUUUAAUUGUUUAUUUAUUUAUAUGCUGAACUCGUUACAUGAUUGAUUGUACAUCUACGGUUUGUCCAGUUGUUUCAGAAUGUAAGAUUAUACCUACACACAGCGUAGGUUACACAAGUCUGAUGAUGAUAGUAAACAUGAUUGUUCUAAA